AAAUGAGCAACGAAUACGAGGCAUCAGUCACCCCCAGCUGGCUGACCUCUGACCCCACUGUCUGGUCCAGCAGCAGAGACGGAUUCACAGAUAACGCCACUUACCCACCUAUGGGCUCCUUCCCCCCACUGCCCCCUCUCCUGGUCAAUCCCUGGGACAUCUUGCUGUGCUCCUCAGGGACCCUCAUCGCCUGUGAAAACGCCCUGGUGGUACUAGCGAUCUGGCAGAACCCGGCUCUGCGUGCCCCCAUGUUCCUGCUGAUCGGCAGCCUGGCCCUGGCUGACCUCCUGGGUCUGGGCCUGGUGCUCCACUUCACCUUGGCCUACAUGCUGAGGUCUGACUCGGCCCAGCUGCUGACUGUUGGUCUGGUGGUGGCCUCCUUCUCAGCCUCCGUCUUCAGCCUGCUGGCCAUCACCAUAGACCGUUACCUGUCACUCUACUAUGCCCUGACCUACAACUCAGAGCGUACCGCCGCCUUCACCUACACCAUGCUGGUCCUCCUCUGGGGCCUGUCUCUCUGUCUGGGCCUACUUCCCGUCACGGGGGUGAACUGCCUGGCAGAGGAGUCGACGUGCAGCGUGGUGCGCCCCCUGACUAAGAACAACGUGGCGGUGCUGUCCGUAUCCUUCCUCCUGCUGUUCGGCCUCAUGCUGCAGCUGUACGUGCAGAUCUGUAAGAUCGUCAUGCAUCAUGCCCACCAGAUCGCCUUGCAGCAUCACUUCCUGUCCGCCUCACCUCACUACGUCACAACCAGGAAUGGCGUGUCCACGCUGGCCAUCAUCCUGGGGACUUUUGCCGCCUGCUGGAUGCCCUUCACCAUCUACUCACUGGUCGCCGACUACACGUACCCACCUCUCUACACAUACGCCACCCUGGUGCCCGCCACCUACAACUCAGUCAUCAACCCAGUGAUCUAUGCCUUCAGGAACCAGGACAUCCAGAAGGCUCUGUGGCUGGUGUGUUGUGGCUGUAUACCGGCCAGGGUGGCCCACAGGGCCCGGACCCCUAGCCAUGUCUGACCCAGACCCAGAUCCCGGGAGGGAAGGAGAGAGGUGCCCUGGGCAGAGGGAGGAAUGCAGACAGGCAGCCUGGGCUCAGGCAGGUGGCUGGAAAGGACGGUCUGCGUGCAUAGUCAUUUUAGCUGCUUUUACUGAUGUGGGCUUUUUUUCCUCAAAAGGAUUGAGAGAUUAUUAUUAGAUUAUUAAAGAUUGUGCCACUUUCCGAAACAUCAGAUAAAGGGCUCGUGUGUGUGUGUACAAAAAUAUAGGAUGUCACACGGACAGAGAAGGAGGAAGAGAGGAGGAG